AUGCUUUUUAGUCCAUUUCAAAUUGCCAAUUAUGCAUUCUUCGCAACUUCUCUUUGUGAUCUCUUGUACAAUUUUGAAGAAUUUUGCUCAAUUCGUGAGAAAUUAUUUUCGAAAGAGUUUAUACCGCUACGAAAGGCAAUUGACAGUUUUCAUAACGUCGUCGUUUUGUCGUUAAAUAAGGUUCUGAUGAUCAAAGAAAAAGUCAAAAAAGAAUAUUCAUCAAAGAAAACCCCACAAGUACAAAUGCCCUUGCAGCGUUCGCCAAAUAAAUCAAAACUUCCAGCAACUUUUCGUCAAGUUCAGGAAACUUUGCGUAGUCCAGGAUAUUUACUGCCACAAAAACUUGAUGGUGUAAAGUUUUGUCCCAUUCAGAGAAGGCGUCAAGUAGUGUCAACACGCCUCGUAAGAAACGAUUCCGGAGUAGCAAAACGGAGUGCUCCGACUCAUGAAUCAGCAAAGAACAUAGAAGAUAGAAGAGUACAACAUUUGGCUCGCGGAAUAACUGAGAAAGUGAUGGACGAAAUAGUAAGCUACACAUCAUCAUGUCUAGCAAGACGGCGAUUUAAAACUUGAUC